AUGCUUGUCGAUUUGGUCCUUAUCCAAGACUCACAUGCCACGCUCGUUGGUGCCGGGCUCGUUCUCCUGGUAACUUGGGCCCUGCGAUACAUCUUUUCACAAGGCUCAAAGCUGCCGAUUAUCAAUGAGAAAAGUAUACUUGAAUUCGGCCUGCUCUCCUCCAAGAAGGGCUAUGUUUCCGGUGCUGCCACCCUGAUCAAAGAUGGAUUUGCCAAGUCUGCCAAAGGCUUCCGCCUUGUCACCGACAACGGUUGCCAGAUUGUCCUGUCUCCGAAGUAUCUUGAAGAGAUCCGCCAGCAUCCUGAUCUGAGUCGUGACAAGGCUUCCGCUAGGGAGCUCAUGUCGCAUCUGCCUGGGUUUGAGGUCUUCCGGGAAGGAUCUAAGGAUGAACGCAUUCUCCACGAUGCGGUGUUGACCAAAUUGACAAGAACACUCGGUCGUGUCACCGAACAUCUCUCUCAUGAAACAGCACUAAGCUUUGAGACGCACUGGACGAAUGAACAUGAAUGGCACGCGGUGCCACUGCGAUCGAGUAUUACGCAGAUAAUUGCUCAAACGUCCUCCCGAGUUUUCUUGGGCGAAAAGCUCUGCAGAGACCCCGAAUGGCUGCACAUUACCAUAAACUAUGCAGUACACGUCAUUAAGGCCACCGAGCAGCUCCGUCAGUGGCCCCAUUUGCUCCGGUAUGUCGUUCACUGGUUCCUUCCAACCUGUCGGAGGCUCCGUCAAGACAUGCGAGAGGCCCUGGAUCUGAUCCUCCCGGUCCUGAAAGAACGACAAGAGGAGAAGGCGGCGGCCAGAGCGGCUGGGAAGACUCCAGUUUCAUAUAACGAUGCCAUUGACUGGAUGGAAGAUACCGCGAAAGGUCGUGCUUAUAACCCAGCUAUCUCGCAACUCCUAUUGUCCAUGGCAGCUAUUCACACCUCAGCCGACAUGUUGACGCAGGUCUUGUUCGAUAUUGCUGGAAGGGAAGAUCUAGUGGCAGCACUGCGCGAGGAGAUCAUGACGGUUGUCCGCGACAAUGGCUGGAGUAAAAUCUCGCUGUACAAGUUGGUUUUGAUGGAUAGCACCAUCAAGGAGAGCCAAAGACUCAAGCCUAUUGCCAUUACACCCAUGCGCCGUCUUGCAACCAAAGAUGUGGCUCUAUCUGACGGCAUGUUUAUACCGAAAAAUACGACCAUUCUGUUCCCCGCUGAUGCUAUGUGGGAUCCCGACUUCUACGAGAAUCCACAGGAGUUUGACCCCUACCGGUAUAUGCGCAUGCGCGAGCUCCCAAAUCGGCAGGCGCAAACAGCCGCACAGCUCGUCUCGCCUUCGCCGAACCAUCUCGGCUGGGGCUUCGGACAACACGCAUGUCCAGGUCGGUUCUUUGCUGCCAACGAGCUCAAGAUCGCGCUCUGUCAGCUUUUAUUGAAGUAUGACUUCAAACUAGACCAGGAGCGCUUGCCGGAGAUCCGUCGCCAUGGAACCUCUCGAACCGCUGAUCCGGUAGCUAAGCUGUUGAUUCGGAGACGGAAGGACAAUGUCGCAGUGCAGGAUCUGCCAUGCUAA